CGGACUGAGAUGAGCGACCAUGGAUGUAUACACUUGAAUAAUUUCAAGGCGGCCAAGGGGAUCCAGCCUUACAAAGUUAUUCACUCGUAUUUCGUGACCAGCACCUCCACCGAGGCACGCGUCAGGAAGGUGCGGACUCCUCACACACACACAAACACACACCUCUAUACUUGACCUUAAGUUUAUAUCGCCUACCCCCCGGCCGCCAUGUUCCUGACUUUCCGGUUCCACGUUCGCUUUUAGAUUUUUUUCCUAGGAUUAUUGAACUUUACUUCAAGUCUCAGUAUUUUUUUUAAUGUUCUUUGAUGUCGGUAGAUACUCACGGAAUUAUUACCGGUGAGGGUUCGGGGUUUGUUAAGAAGAAAUGAAUUUUUCUUAGAGUGUGGAACCGGGUGAUGAUUUUCGGACCGAGGCGUCAGCCCUGUUGGGGCUGGGGAUGGCUGGGCGCGUUUGGCAUGGAGUAUUCGAGUUUGUAGAGGUAGAUGUGCCAAGUAGACGCGGGCAGACAUAACCUAGGACUGAGGAGUGUUAAGGUUGAGGAUUGAGUUUCUAGGUUUCUGGAGAUCCUGCAAGGUUGGGGAAUUUCCCGUUUUUUGAGGCAGUAAGCUGCUUGUGUCAUACCUGUAAAACCUACAAGGAUCGGCUUCACUCAUGCCUGCACUGCAUAUUCUUUGGGUGUUACGGCAAUGGCCACAUACAGGAGCACGCAAAGAUGAAGAAACACUUUCUAGCCGUGGACCUCUGCUACGGAAACAUUCUGUGUUUCCAAUGUGGAGAUUAUGUCUACGACAGGGAGUUACUUGCUGUUGCAAAGACGCAGUGGAGCGAGUCGGCGAAGUGUCUCAGUCUGGGAGAGUUCUAUCGUGCCUGGGAGCCGACGCAGAUCGAGGCAGAGCUGUUGAGAAAGCAUCCAAGGCGAAGACGAGUCGUAGAAAAUUCUACUAUAGGCUUGAGGGGACUGAUAAACCUCGGGAGCACCUGCUUCAUGAACUGCAUCGUGCAAGCCCUGAUCCACACCCCUCUGCUGCGGGACUACUUCCUGGCUGACCGCCAUCACUGCCCACAGCCCAGCCGAUGUCUGGUCUGCGAAGUCUCCCACCUAUUCCAGGAAUUCUACUCCGGUAGCAAGGCGCCCCUAACUUUGCACAAACUGCUGCACCUGAUCUGGACCCAUGCAAGGCACCUAGCAGGCUACGAGCAGCAAGAUGCCCACGAGUUCUUCAUCGCCACCCUGGACGUCCUACAUAGGCACUGCGAAGCAGCCCCGAUACUUGUCAAGGACAAUCCGCACCAUUGCAACUGCAUAAUCGACCAGAUCUUCACUGGAGGAUUGCAAAGCGACGUGGUCUGUCAGUCCUGCAAUGGAGUGUCGACAACCAUAGACCCUUUCUGGGAUAUAUCGCUGGAUCUGGGCCCAGCUGCUGGUGCCUCUGGCUCCGACACCAAUGGUCCACCCACUUCGCUGCUGGAUUGCUUGGAAAGGUUCACCCGUGCCGAACACUUGGGCUCUGGAGCGAAGAUCAAGUGCAGCAAUUGUCAGACCUAUCGGGAAAGUACAAAGCAGUUUACCAUGAAGCAGCUGCCAAUAGUGGCCAGCUUUCAUUUGAAACGCUUCGAGCACUCCAGCGUCCAGGACAAGAAGAUCUCUACAUUCAUCUCCUUUCCGGAGCAGCUCGACAUGACACCUUUCAUGUCGCAUCGGCGCAAUGGCAACAAUAACAGCGCUGCCCUGGAGAGCCUCCCAAAGAAUGGCGAAGAGGCUGCCUUUAGCGAUAACAGGUACUCCCUCUUCGCCGUUAUAAACCAUGAGGGCUCGUUGGAGACUGGCCAUUAUACGGCGUUCAUCAGACAGCAACGAGAUCAAUGGUUUAAGUGUGACGAUCACCUGAUCACCAGGGCGAGACUCAAGGAUGUCCUAACUAGCGAAGGGUACCUUCUUUUCUAUCACAAGCAGAUCCUGGAGUACGGCAGGAAUAGCAAGAUUUGAACGUGCGCGAACGUACGUGUGUGUAAUUAAUUUAUUUAUCUUGAGGGGACGGAUGGCGGUAGAGUUAGGUGAGGUUAUGGAGUAGCAAUGUUCGUGUCGUAACGAGUGCAGUGCAGGGAAAGUGUCGGUUUCUGUCUCUGCGAUUUGCUCCGGUGGCCUGCAGGAGUUCUUUCGGCAGACGAAGCAGUAUCAGUGAAUGCUCUCGGGUGUUCUGGUGACACUGGAUCGCGGGUUUACUCAGUUCCUCUAGGAAGGCAGUGUAUUGGGAUGAACAUUUCCUCGGAUACUCGCUUUUCUGGCUCGUUGACUGCGGAAGAGGUUAUGGGCAGUGAAGUGUGUUAUUUAAGGAGUUCAACAAAUCCAUAACCGAUGUUUAGAAAUUUGAGAGAGAGCCUAACUCGUAUCGACGAAUUGUAACGACUGACGUCGAAGUCAAGUCUAAGGGACAUGAAUGAAUUUUAAUACUUUUAACCAUCCGUUGCCAAUGUCGAGCCUUCUUGUGUUUUUACAUCAUUACUCAAAGCAUGAGAAUUCUUGCCAAGCAAUGCUGCCCCCCGAGGAUCAUUUACUAGAUCGUUGAAUGUACUUCUUUGUUCCUCUUGUGGCCGCCGGGCAAAUUGGCAGUGUACAAAUGCCAAAACUCGCUUAAUUUAAAGGUUGUAAUGCUUCCUUUGCUCCCUUUUAAUCUUCGAAGCCAGCUGACACGGGUUUCCAUAUUGUGUUCAUUGAGAAACAUUAACGUAGAAAAGGAGACCGGCUCAAGGGAUCGUUCUAAUUCUCGGUUUAGAAAGGUGACGACUCAAAUGCCUCAAGUACUUGGGUAGAUUAAUCGAGUCUUUCAGAAAGUAGGAGAAUUAAAUAUACUGUUAUGGCUCGAGUCGUUCGAUGACCUACAGUUAAUCCUAUGAUAACCUCUUCGCUCGAUGACGAGGCAAGGAUGAACUUACAAAGCUUUAGGAGCGGAUCGGAGCAAUUUAAUCGACGAUUGCUCCGUCAGGUCUCUAUAACCGUAAGGCCGAUGCAGACCAUAGAAAUGAAAAAUCGUCGAGUAGGAUGCAUAUCGAGUCGGGAGGUCUACGAGAGUCUGUAAAGAAACACUAGGGUUAACGACUACACGUAAUUAGAGUUAAGUAACGGAAUCGUUGUACACUUAGCCCACAAAGUCUCAUAUUGCUAAGCGACUCGACUGCACCCUAUCCCAGAACCACAAGAUCCUUAACUGGCCCGAAGCGCGCGGUUGUAACCUUUUAUAUAAGGCUGAAAACAAUAAGUAUACAGAAAUAAAGAUAUAUUUCAACUGUGAGAGAUUA